CAGAGUCGCAAUUUGGAGCUAACACAUCUGCAACUACUGUCGGACCUGAAGUCAUUACUCAUCUCUCACCUCGGGGCUCAUGCAACAUCACAUAGCUUGAACGCGACGCGAGCUAGCCAGUGUUACUCCGACCCUGGCGGGUCUGCUCUCACUCUCUUUCUCAACUCUCCUCAAAGCUACUGUUGAUCUUCACCUCCAGUCCUGAAUAUCGCUUUCCUCCAAGUUCUUGCUCGUUCUCCAAAUCUCUUGUCAAGCGCGACACUGCAGCCAUGUCGCGCUUCAUCCCGAACUCCAAGAAGGCGAAGCACGAGAAGUCUGAGGAAGAGAAGCCAGAGAAACAGAAGUCCAAGAAACCUUCAUACGCUGAUUCUUUUACGGGGAGCGUCUUCAUUGCAGCAAACAAAGAUGACUUGCUUAGCAUCCUCCGAACCAACAAGCUGAGUGGGAAGAGUUUACACGAUCUCAUAAAGAUGAGAUCAGGAUCUAAGGUCCUGAAAAAACAGUUCGUUCUCUUUCGUUCAGUAUGGAUUAAUUCUGUGCCACCCGAAGACUCGUUAGCAAAAAUGACUCGCUACGACCUGGGAGGCGCUCUGGAGCAAGCCUUCAAUCUCGUAGACGGGUCACAGGAGGUUGAAAGAUAUCUUGCCUUGCUCAGGCAUCCGCAUCUUGUCCCUGAUUUGGGAGAAGUUGACCCACAAUGGGCAGGUUCUUGGAUGCCUGUGUUGAGAUUUCACGCCACGUGCGUGGCUUUCUCUCGCAAGAAAGACGAUACGCGUGUGGUACCAAAAGAUACAGCUCGCCACCUCACCGAAGCCGGCCUUCCUGACGAUGACGAGGACCCCACAGGAGAUGAAUCGAUAGUUAACACCGCACUUGUCCUCUUUCUUAAUGCUGCCGCUAGCCUUGUACGAUCCUCACAAUGCGAGUUCACCAUGGUCCGCGUCCCGUUCACCGCCAAGUUUAACCACGCAACAUUUAGAGCCCUGACCGACGGGGCUCUUUGGGUCCGAAGUACUGAAGCUAUCCGUGGCAUAAUUGAAGUCAAGAAGGCUCAGCGAUCAAAGAUCGGCGCUAGAGUUACUAUGCAAGAAGCUGCAGAGUUGGUAGGAUGGAUUAUGAAUAGUCAGCCAUGGGAAGAAGCUUUCUCCGGAUAUAAAUGCCUGAUAUGCGAGGAUGGUGAUGAAGUCUGGCUCUCAUUCGCCAAACCGACCGAAACCUAUGCCGCUUACCUUCGUGAUGGCACCGUGGAUGAAGACGCGUUGCUUAUUGUAGAACGAUAUGGACCGUAUGUAGUGGAUCAAGAAGAGGAUAUGAGAACCCUUCUCUACACAGUUGUCGCGAUAUACCUUCGAGCUGUCGCCUUCGAUAAUGUAUCCUAGGCCUAGUGUCCGCCCAGGUCUUGAAGAAGACUCCCGAUACCGAGUGAAUUGAUCAAGACGUGAAUGUAUGCCGUCAUCCUUAAGGGACAGCCCUUAGGGCGGGAUGCUG